AUGACAGAAAACCCAACCACCCCAGUGGAAUUGGGCUCUCCUGGCGUCGACAGUGUCACGCCUCUGCCCAUUUCUCCCAAUUCUGACAAAGCUCCGCUCGCUCCGCCAAACGUUCCGCCUAAACUCCCUCCGAGAAGCAACCUGGCCAGUACAAAAGACAGCGGAGAUUCGGUAGGGAAAAAGCUAGCAUUGAGGCAAAAUGAACUUUAUGCUUGGAAUAGCAUGAACAUGCACGCGGAUAUACUAGCCAACACGCCGAUCCAGUUGAAGGAGCGUAUUGAAAAACUCAGCUCUUCCGAAGAGUUUUGGGCCCGGCUACUCGAAAACUAUGGUCCCCAGUACAUCACAGAUAAAAUUGUGGAAGAAAUCGAACAAGCGGUCAUCGCCGGCGUCCCAUCCGAAGUGAGACCCCUUCUUUAUCUCAAGAUCAUGCAAAUAAGAGCUCAUAUGGACUCCACCAUGUACAAUGGAAUAUUCAAGAAGGCAAAAUUGGCACAAUGGGAAACGACUCAACCAGAAACGGAAGCAUAUUCGGAGGGUUUGAAAGAGAUCAUGCAAGUCUUCCAAUACUGUAUUCUGGAAAUUGCAGUUCCGAAUACACCAGACAGCAGCCACAGAGCAUUAAAAAUAGUGGAACGCGUGGCACACUUUUUGGUAGAGCUUCCGGAAUUGAGCAAUCCUGAAAUUUUGGCAAUUCUUUUCAAGGUAGAUGCAUUAUUCAAUAAUUUAUCAAAGGAAGAGUUUUGCUACAAAGCGAGCCGCUCGCUUGAAGACAAUACACCACAGACCUUUCUUCACAUAGUCAAGCAAGGAAUUGACUUGUCGAGUUUGUUUAGAAAUUUUCUUCUCAGUGUUAUUGGACUAGACAUGGAUGAAGACUUCUCGAUUCGUGUCUUGGACUUUGUUGUCUUCGAGGGCUUUGACUUUUUACACCGCAUCCUAACGGCAGUAUUUGAACAAAAAGAGAAGCAAAUUUUGGACCUCAAUGGAAAUGAGCUAUACAGCUAUAUCUAUUCCAAUGAGUUUUUAAGCGACUUGCACUUAGCUACAUUGGAAGCAGCACUCAAGAUUGCACCAUCUUUUGUCAAAUACGAGAACGAGUACCAUUUGAUGAGUGUCAAUGCAAUCAGCGGUAAUGACUCUGAACUCACUAAUUUGAAGGAGACAAAUGAGGACUUACUGCUUCACUUAAAGGACUUGAAACUGAAGACAGAGUCUUUGAGCAAGACCGAGGCGGAAAUCGUUACGCAAUUGACAGAGUACACAGAAAAGCUAAAAGAAGCCCAAGAAGAAAAGGAACGUCUAAGCAAGGAAGAAGAGGAAUUGCGUGCCAAAUAUGCUCAACUCACAAUGAAUGAAAACUUGACGAACCUAGUCAAUGCCAACAAAGAUAUUUCCAACGAGAAUGCUGAGUUGGAGGCGCAAAUUGCUGAGCUAGAGAAGCAAAUCGCUACAAAAAGUGCAAAAUUGAAAAAGGUGCAAAAAUGA